UGAAUAACAAGUCAAAAAGGGCGGGUGUGGGAGGAAAUUUCCAGGAAGACGCUGAAGAUGAAUUAGGAGGCAUUCUUUUCCCCGUCACCACCGAGACAUUGAUAAACAAGAAAACGCCAUCAUCUUCCCUCCCUCAAUUGCCUCCCUCUCCCUCUCGGAUGAUUUGUGCUCACACGACUUCAUCUCCACCUUAUGCUUAUGGACAAACGAAAGACCGAUUUCCUCCACAUAAUCAAGGACCCAAAAUAAACAUGUAGGUAUACCUGAUGGACCAACUGUGAACUUUCACCAGCUGGUUUUUAUGAACUGAGUGCCGCGUGCCUCACUUCAUCAUCAGCAGAUACUGGAAAGGGGAAGAGUCGACAAUCGGCUAAUAAAGUGACACAUGGGUUUCACUUAGUCGAAGGUAAAUCUGGCCAUAAAAUGGAGGAUUAUCAUGUUGCAGAAUAUAGGUAUGAAAACAAUCACGAGCUCGGCUUGUUUGCCAUUUUCGAUGGGCAUUUGGGUGAUGCUGUGCCUAGUUAUCUGAAAGAUAAUCUUUUUGAUAACAUACUUAGAGAGUCUGCCUUUUGGAUGAACCCUGAAACAGCAAUAAAAAGUGCCUACCGAUCCACAGAUAAAAUUAUUCUUGAAAACUCGACACGAUUAGGUCCUGGUGGUUCAACAGCUGUUACAGCGAUAGUUGUUGAUGGCAAAGAUCUGUGGAUAGCUAAUGUAGGUGAUUCUAGGGCUGUCUUGUGUGAAAGAGGAGCAGCCAAUCAGCUUACAGUUGACCAUGAACCACAUCUUGAAAGGAAAUAUAUUGAAAAGCGAGGUGGUUUUGUGACAAUUCUUCCAGGUGAUGUUCCUCGUGUUAAUGGCCAGCUUGCAGUUGCACGUGCAUUUGGUGAUCAGAGCUUGAAAGCACAUUUAAGUUCAGAGCCUGAUGUGAGACAUGUCCCCAUAGAUUCCAGUAUGGAGUUUGUCAUACUUGCAAGUGAUGGAUUAUGGAAGGUAAUGAAAAAUCAGGAGGCCGUCGAUUUGAUAAAAAACAUCAAAGACCCUCAAUCAGCAGCCAAGCGUUUGACGACCGAGGCAUUGACUCGAAAGAGCAAAGAUGAUAUCUCUUGUAUUGUUAUUCGUUUCCGUUGCUAAAUGCCCACAUGAUGGAUAUUACUGUCUUCUCCGGCUGAUGUAAUUGAAGUCAAAGGAUACAUUCUUGUCGCCCGUUGCAGACAAACAGUUUGUCAUUCCUUUUGAGUACACAGAGGGUGGCAUACCACAUAAAGUUGAGCUGAUUCAUGCUAGUAGGACUUGGCCUUUUUGUCUGAUUGAUCCAAUGCUUAGCUUUACUGCAUUACUAAUGUAUAUACACUAUAUUAUAUAUAUGCAUAUAUAUUUGUCUUUGAGGAUGAUUUACAUCUUAUUUCUUGUUUCA